GUAAAACACCGGUGCUGCUAGCUGAGUGCGGUAGUCUAAAAAGAGGGAGUGGGUUUCAGCAUGUUACAUACAAGUUAAUCACUGUUUGUAAGCGAUUACCGUUUACUGGAGAGGAUUUUUACACUUCGGUUUCUACCCGAAGAGCAUUCAACACCGAGUUAAGAUAACUCCUUUCUCGCCCUGUUUGUAGGCAACAAAGCUGCUAGCUAAGUUGUCAGAGGUGGGUUUAACCUAGAAGGAGCUGAAGGAAAAUGUCAGUGCAGUACCCCCUGUCAUCUCCUCCUCCUCCUCCUCCACCACCUCCACCUGCUCCAGGUCCACCUCCUCCUCCUCCAGCCUCAGCGCACAAGAAGAAGCUGUAUCAGACUAUAGCCAGCAGCAGGAGUCCUGUAGAGGGAGACCACACAGAGGCCCGCUUGCUGCUCAGUCAGAGGGACAGCAGUUUUAGGAAAGACCUGCAGUGGAUACUGGUGAACGCAUACGUGCCUUCCCUCAUCCAAGAUGGUCCACAGUGCGGUCUGGUGGCUUUGUGGAUGGCUGCUCACGUUCGACAGCCACAGCUGAGUAUUGACAUGGAAACUGUGGUUGAGACAGCUCUGAGCAAGGGGUACACGGCACAGGGUGAAAUGUUUUCAGCUAACAACAUGGCGCUGCUGGCAGAAGAGGUUUGUGGCUGUAAGGCAGAACUGCUUUCUGGAGGUUUAAGUGGUAACAAUGCUGCAACCAUCAUCACACACCUGUGGGGGGGACAGCCUGUUCUCAUCCCAUAUGAUGAGGACUUCAACCACGAGCCAUGUCAGCGGAGCGGCCACAGGGCGCACUGGGCAGUCGCUUCAGGUGUUCUCCUCGGUUUGGACCAGGGGAGUGUGAGUGAAAACCACCAUCAGCCCGAUCCCAGUCUUCCCUGGCUUUACCUGCCCAGUGGCACCAGUUUCCCUUGUCCCGUAAACGGCGCAGGACUCAGAGAGGUUUACAUCCUGGCUAAACAGGGUAAAAGCCUGCGCUACCAGCUGUGGAGUUUGGACAGCGUAACUCAGAGCAACGAGCAACUGAGGACGAUGGACCCUCAGAGAGCUAAUAAUGAGACCCAGUAUGUGGUUCCUAAAGGAGGAGUGGAGGCCGGGCUGGCUGGACAGGCGGUGUUGCUCCACACGAGGACACAGGACCAGUGACAAGUGUGACGCUGCUGGCCGAGAGGACCCAGCUGUGGCUUUUAAAAUGCAGCUGUGAACACACAGUGAACAGUCCACGCUUUAAUUUGCUGAGAGGCAUCACAGUGAAUUCUUAUGGUGCAGUGUGAGUGAUCCUACAGUAGAACCCAUGUAAGUAUUAUCUCUAGUUGUAUAAUGCCUUUAUGAGCAAUGUUGUGUGUAAAUUAAUAACAAUACAAUAAACAAGAGGCUCUUGGACUGCCUUAAAAACAAUGAA